ACCAUGGCGGGAGGAAUGAAAGUGGCGGUCUCGCCAGCAGUUGGUUCCGGGUCCUGGGGCUGGGGCGCUGGGGGCAGUGGGGCAAUACGGCUGCUCUUGGUCUUCUCCGGCUACUUUGUCUGCGGCUCAGCUGGAAUUGAUGUAAAUGUGGUCAUGCUUCAGGAGUCCCAAGUUUAUGACAGAAGUACCAGCCAACAAUUCUGUUAUACAAAUGUGCUUAUCCCAAAAUGGCAUGAUAUAUGGACACGGAUACAGAUCCGGGUAAAUAGUUCCAAAUUGGUUCGAGUCACUCAGGUGGAGAAUGAGGAGAAACUGAAGGAGCUAGAGCAGUUUAGUAUCUGGAACUUUUUUUCCUCCUUUUUAAAAGAGAAAUUGAAUGACACCUAUGUUAACGUGGGUCUGUACAGCACAAAAACCUGCCUCAAAGUUGAGAUUAUAGAGAAGGACACCAAGUACAGUGUCAUUGUGAUCCGGAGAUUUGACCCCAAACUCUUCCUUGUUUUUCUCCUUGGACUUAUGCUGUUUUUUUGUGGAGACUUGCUGAGCAGAAGUCAAAUUUUCUACUAUUCCACUGGAAUGAGUGUGGGAAUUGUGGCAUCUCUACUAAUCAUCAUUUUUAUACUAUCUAAGUUUAUGCCUAAGAAAAGUCCCAUUUACGUCAUCCUGGUAGGAGGCUGGUCUUUUUCUCUGUACCUCAUUCAACUAGUUUUUAAAAAUUUACAAGAGAUCUGGAGGUGUUACUGGCAGUAUCUUUUAAGCUACGUCCUCACAGUUGGAUUCAUGAGUUUUGCGGUAUGUUAUAAGUAUGGGCCCUUGGAGAAUGAACGAAGUAUCAACCUGCUGACCUGGACCUUGCAGCUGAUGGGCCUGUGUUUCAUGUAUUCUGGCAUCCAGAUACCACACAUUGCCCUUGCCAUUAUCGUCAUUGCUCUGUGUACUAAGAACCUGGAGUACCCUAUUCAGUGGCUGUACAUCACCUACAGAAAGAUGUGUAAGGCAACAGAAAAGCCUGUUCCUCCUCGUCUCCUGACAGAAGAAGAAUAUCGAAUACAAGGAGAGGUAGAAACCCGAAAGGCUUUAGAGGAGCUCCGAGAGUUUUGUAACAGUCCAGACUGCUCUGCUUGGAAGACUAUUUCUCGAAUCCAGUCUCCAAAAAGAUUUGCUGACUUUGUGGAAGGCUCUUCCCACCUCACACCAAAUGAAGUUUCUGUCCAUGAGCAAGAGUAUGGAUUAGGGAGCAUUAUUGCCCAGGUUGAAAUCUAUGAGGAAACAUCCUCUGAGGAAGAAGACUCAUAUUCCUUGUGCCCCACUCUCACACAACACAACUUCUUGACUUAAGUGGUAGUCAGUUAUUUUUAUGUGGACUGGCUUGGUGCCUCAUUGGUUCAUAUUACUCAUGUUGUGCAAUUGCAUCCAACCCUUUGAAACAGAGUGCAGAAAUUCUCCCACUGAAAUGAGAGGCCUGAGUGGGCCUCCCUCUGGUCUCUGUGGGAUCCCUGAGGAAGGAGAGUGUAUAAAGUAGUAAAUGCCCAUUGGUUAAUCUAUCAUCCCACUUUUAUGUUCCCAAAGUAACUGGCCACAGCUAGCAUGGUGUUCCAGCUUCUCUUUGAAAGUUGAUUUAAUUGUAUUUCUGUCAGGCUGGCCCUGCAAAGUAAGAACUGUUAUAAUUGCAAUAAUGCUGCAGACUAUAGGCUGCAUCUUCCAGAGAGAAAUC